AUGCCUUGCCAGAUUUGCCACGCGGAAGCGGACUACGAGAUAUACCAAACGAAGGACACCAAGGACCUCCCUAGCAAAUCCAGCAUCGAUGGUGAUGCCUCAGCAAUUGCCUCUGCCACAUGGCCUCAGAUUGGGGAGCAUCUGGUGGUUCUCACACGCGACUUCUUCCAAGCAGUCAACAACCGAGUGCUUUCGUCAGCAUCCCCACCCUGGACGGCUACCCGGAGGUUUCACGCAAUACCUGAGAUUGUCAACAACGAUGGGCAGUCCGAGUACGAUCUGGAAGGGCACCUUGAGGCUUUACGUGUGAUGUGUCAAAUGCAUCCCGAAAUGCAUGUGGACCUCCGGGACAUGGUCGUGCAAGUCUCGAAAAAGACCCGCUGUGGAGAGGUAUUCGUUCUCCAACACACCAGUGGACUCGAACCCCUCAUCGAUGGUAACCCAUCUGUCGGGCGAGAAUCGAUGGGAUUGAUGGAGUUCCAUUACGAUCAUCUUAAGGGUGGGAAGUGGCUUCUCACACGUUUCCGUUCAAUGGGCGGCCUCUCCAUGACUGAUAUGUGA